GUUUCUGCUAAGGAGAUGAAUGAAGAAUAUUGUAAAUGUGGAAAGCAAUGUGGGUCUUUGCAAGCACCAUUGGUUUCCUUCUCUACUUCGAAAGUUGCAUCGUAUGGUCAAAGUUCAGCGCCCUCCUCUUUAUGUAACACUCGAGAACAACCCCUGACUCCUUUAGAGGAUCUUAGUGUUGCAGCUGGAGAAACCACCUGUGCCUAUUCAUUUUCACUUUCCCCGAACUUGAGAAAUAUGUGUUCUCAAUCCUCAAUGUUCUGCCCCAGUUUACAUUCAUCACAUAAAGAGUUUCAGAUUGGUAACAUUCCAUUUCUUCCCUAUCCACAAAUAUCUGAUCAUCCGGUUUCUUCAAGUCAAUCCUUGAAGUUCAUGCUACUUGGUCAUGGAGAUUCCUCGCUAUAUCAAUAUAAAGAAUGCAAUAACUUGGAAAACUCAAUGAAUGAUGACGAUAAUGUGUCUCCCCAAGAUGCUUCAGGUUGUAAUUUGGUUGGUCAAAGUUGCAGAGGGAGUGUUAUGACCAGUGAACAAGCAGAUUGGCAAGUUGUAGCAGAUCCAACAGGGUUGGUUAUAACCAACAAUUGUGAAGAUUCUAUGUUGGAUGAAUUUUUUGUGGCAACUAAAGGGUCAUCCAGUAAUACAAUAGGAUUUCAAGGCAACCACAUGGAUGGACAGUUUGUUUUUCCUAUUGGUGAGCAACUCAAUACCGGCCCCUUGACAUCUAGAAAUGGUACUGUGAAUAAGACCCGAAUGCGCUGGACUCAAGAGCUUCAUGAACAAUUUGUAAAGGCUGUUACAUUUCUUGGUGGUCCAGAUGUGGCAACCCCAAAGAGUAUUCUGAGGAUUAUGAAUGUUGCUGGACUUAAUAUCUAUCAUGUGAAAAGCCACUUGCAGAAAUAUCGUCUCGCAAGGUAUCAACCAGGUAAUGGAGAAGACAAGAGAUCACCCGGUUCAGAAACUAAGAAGAAGAGCUCUGCUGAUACUGACAAGGAAAAUGUUUAUGUGAAAAUGGGUGCACAAGACACCGAAUAUCUUCGUCUGCAGUUAGAAGUUCAGAAGAAGUUACACAAACAACUUGAGGAGCAAAGGGAGCUGCAACUUUGGAUAGAAGCGAAUGCUAGGAGUUUGCAAAAGAUGGUUGAGGAGCAACACCGUGCCUUGAUCCACGCUACCCUCUCUCUCUCUUCUAGUUCACCACUAGCCAGUACUAGUGAGCUCAAAGACAAUAGUGAGCCUUGCCGGCCACCAUGCUUUGGCCUCACAAACAAGGAGGGGCUCUCUUCUAUGGAAACUGAUGAUGGCUCUACUCUAGAGCUCGAAAUUCAUUCCUCUGCUUCCAAAAGAGCAAGGAUGGAAUAAUAGCCGAGUUUAAUUUAGCAAAGAAUAUAUACA